AUGUCUUCUAUGAUCACUACCACAGCCUGGGUGCGGCGCGGUGUCGCUGCCCAAUUUCCCACAAAGUAUGAAAUUGAUGAGAAGGAAAUGGACCGUAUAUCCAAGCUUGCUCGGAUGCAGCUCGAGGAUGCCAAGGGCGAUUUGAGUGCUGCUCAGGGUGAGGAGGAUACUGCUAUGGAUGAGGAUGAUAAAGACGAUGAUGCUAUGGAGGAUGACUCCGAAACACCUGCUACAAAAGAGGGUGCUGCUUCAAAGACAGACGAGGACGACGUGCUGAAGGAGUUCGACCUUGAUCACUACGAUAGCGAGGAAGUUGACGAGGAUGGAGAAAAGGUCACCAUGUUUGGAAAUGUUCAGUCAUUGGCUUAUCACCAGCCUAACGAGGAGGAUCCAUACCUUGUCAUCCCCGAAGACGAAGACGACGACGAUCGCGAAGAGCUUCAGAUCAUGCCUACCGAUAACUUGCUUUUGGCCGGAAAGGUCGAGGAUGAGGUCGCUCAUCUGGAGGUCUACGUGUAUGAAGACAAGGCUGAUAACCUCUACGUGCACCACGAUAUCAUGCUGCCAGGAAUUCCUCUGUGCUUGGAAUGGCUCGACAUCCCAGUUGGCAAGAACUCUGAGGGCAGAGACCAAGGCAACUUUGUCGCUGUUGGAACUAUGGAACCCGAUAUUGAGAUCUGGGACUUGGACGUUGUCGACUCUAUGUACCCCAACGCCAUCCUAGGUCAAGGAGGCCAGGACGAGGACAAGAAGAAGUCAAAGAAGAAGAAGGCCAAGGCCAAUGACGAGUACCACAUUGACUCCAUUCUGGCUUUAGCAGCCAACCGUCAACAUCGCAACCUGCUUGCCUCUGCCUCGGCGGAUCGCACAGUUAAAUUGUGGGAUCUCAACACAACCACCUGUGCCAAGUCCUACUCUCACCACACCGACAAAGUCUGCUCUCUGGACUGGCAUCCAAAGGAGGCUACUAUCCUGCUGAGUGGUAGCUACGACCGCACCGUCGUGGCCGCUGACAUGCGUUCUCCGGACACCAAGGCCCGCUGGGGCGUCGACGCCGAUGUCGAGGCCGUCCGCUGGGACCCUCACGACCCUAACUUCUUCUACGUUACCACCGACGGUGGACACCUCUACCGCUACGACGUUCGUAACGUCCCCGCCAGCCCAGCCGAGUCCAAGCCCGUCUGGACUCUCCAGGCACACGAUUCCUCCAUUUCAUCAUUCGACAUCAACCGUUCCAUUCCUGGCUUCCUAGUCACCGGUUCCACAGACAAGGAAGUUAAGCUGUGGAAUGUUGAGAAUGAUAAGCCCAGCAUGGUUGUUUCACGCAAGCUGGAUGUCGGUAAGGUCUUUUCUACUGGCUUUGCGCCGGAUCAGGAGGUCAGCUUCCGUCUUGCUGUCGCUGGUAGCAAGGGAACUGUUCAGAUCUGGGAUGCUUCGACUAACGGCGCUGUGCGCCGAGCAUUCGUUUCCCGUAUGCCCGACUUCGAGGGUGAUGUGCAGGAGCGCAUCCUUGGCGUGAAUGCUGAUGACGACGAGGAGUCUGACGAUGAGGGUGCUGAGCCUGAGGGAGCUCAGGGACCUGAUGGUUGGGAGUCGAUGGAUGAGGAAUGA